ACAAAACAUGACCCAGCACCUCACUCCACUGCUGUAAAGUGACUCAGCUUUUUUUUCUUCAUCACCUGGAGGGUAGACACUCAUGGAAGAGGGGCCCUGGUGGUGAAACUGGCCCGGACUGGAGAAGAUCGGUAGCAGCCUGUGGCGACUGGGGACUGUACUCAUUUGAUGGUGGCUCCUGAAGGCUGAGAGGAAUUGCUCUGUGGUAAACAUUCUCAUCAGUGGAAGAAGCCAUACGAAGAGAUCCAGCAAUGAAUCCCCUGUGGAAGACGUAUAAGAGCAAGGUGAUGAAGACCCUGAAUCCCGACAUGGAGGAGGACGUGGCUGAAGAGGUGAGAUCAAGACUUGUCGAGCCAGAGGUUGACAUGACUACAGUGCAGCCGGAUGAGGGGCCCAAUGCCGUCUCACAGUUGGCCAAAAAACUGUGUUUUUAUCAGAUGCAGGGAGCGAGCGUGAGGGGCUGGAGGAAUGUCUCCGCUCUCUUCAACAAGGAGGACGAGCACCAGCUGCUGGAGUCAGAGCCAGAGAGCCAGGCCGAGCCAGAACCGGAGCCCGUACCUGACCACCCAUUAGCCAUGAGGCCAGAGGAGCCCCGACCCAACAAGCGCAUGACGGGGUUCUGGGACAACUUCUCCACAAAGUUCCAGCAGGCCAAGCAGGCCCAGGCGGCAGCAGCAGCUGCAGCCAUGGCAGCAGAGGACGGGGCAGAAGGAGGUGACGUGGAGGCGGGGAUUGACAACCAGGGGAGGAGCCCAGAGGUGGAGAACCAGGAAGAAGGAGGGGGUGAAGCAGAGGCCACAAGGGAGGAGGAGGGAGGUGGGGGGAGUGGCAACAGCUUCGCCAAAUACACAUCUCUGGGUGGGGGCAACGGGGACACAUCACUAAAAUGGAACUUUGUCACCAGCAAACUGGCUGAGCUGAAGACCAAAAGCAUGGCCAAGAAUGACUAG